AUGGUCAAGAAAGUAGCCAACACGAAGUACGACCCGGCACGCGACAUACCCCGUUUAGACGGCAAAGUUGCGAUAGUCACUGGUGGCUACUCUGGUAUUGGCCUCGAGACAUGUCGGCAGUUGCUCGCGCAUGGCGCAACGGUAUAUAUGCUCAUUCGCACACCCGCGCGUGCGGAGAGUGUCAUCAAGCAGCUCGAGACGGACAUCCCUGAGCUCACCGGCAAGGGGCGCGCAAAGUAUAUUCAGGUGGACUUCAGCAGUAUGAGUGAAAUCAAGAAGGCUGGAGAGGAGUUCAUGAAGUUGGAGCAGAGGUUAGACAUACUCGUACACAAUGCCGGGCGUAUGCCCGAUAAGAAUGUGCCCUAUACUCUGAGUGACGAAGGAAUCGAGAUGAUGUAUGCUGUCAACCAUCUGGCGGUCGCAGUCCUUACCCGUACCCUCCUUCCCGUACUCAGGGCCACAUCAGGAGACGUCCGCAUCAUCGUACACUCCUCCUCAGGACACCGCUUUGCGCCAUCCUCAUUCGACAUGAGUUGCAUCAAGGGUUGGAACGCAACGCGGGGCAACUCAAUGAACAAGAAGAGCCAACGCUAUUCGAUCACCAAGUGCAUGAACAUUCUUUGGGCUGCGCAACAACAAUUAUACUUCGCCAAAACCCCCGGUCUAUCCCAUAUUCUGACCAUUGCGUUGCAUCCGGGGUUUGUAUGGACCGAGGGUAUGAUCACCGGAGCCCAGGCCUGGCUUGUUUGGGUUGCGCGUGGCUGGGCCAUGACGCCCGAGCACGGUGCAUAUACAACGCUCUUCGCUGCAACGGCGCCAGAAGUGCGAGAACAACGAGAGCAGUACGAUGGGAAGUAUCUGGUGCCGUUUGGGAAGGUGCAAAGACCCAAGAAGGGUGCGCGGGGAGUGAAGAAGGCUGAGAUACUGUGGGAGGCGACUGAGAAGAUCAUGGACGACCUAUUGGGACCAGGAGUGAAGAAUGAGGUGGUGGCGAAUGGCGGAGAAGGAGGCGCUAUGUCGGGUGAAGUUGAGAAGAGACAUAAUGGCGAGUAG